UUCCGUUUUUGAACGCAAACUGCAACUGAUGAUUGUAACAGAAGCGGUUUGUUUUGAUUUUCAUUCCUUAGUUUUUAGCAGAGUCAUACAUAUGGGUCUGGUUUUUAGAUGAGUGCAGUUUGAUUUGACAUUUGGUCUGUACGGUUUUGAAGUUAAUGACAUUAACCAUUAUUAGACCUAUACGAUCACGAUGGAUAAAUAUUUGUUGCUUGGUAGGUGCACUUGGUGAAAUUUGCAGAUUUAAUCAAAUAUGGCAAGACAGGGAGUAUCAAGACCAAAGGUAGUGGUUGUGAUUUCAGCAGGCAGACUGAUAGCCUCUGGAUGUGAACCGAUACACAAGAAAAGGGUUGCUGGGAGAUAUGUUCCUCCUCUUGAACCAGCAUAUUCUCUUUAUUCAGAGCCAGACUCCAAAGAUCAGGGACUCGACCGAUGUGCUGAUUUACACAAUGGGAUAUUUCAAACUGAACAAGAAGAAUCAAAGCCCAAACCACAGGGAACAAAAACCUGCACCUUCAAAUCCAAACCCAAAAAUGUAUCAAGAAAAAUGGAAACUGACAAGAAAAGGCAUGGGAAGAAGACAAACACAGCUAUAUAUGCAAACAAACGGCCAGCUCCUCCAGUGCAGAAGACGAUUCCAUCUACCAGUUGUCACCGGAGUUCAGCUGGGUGCUGUGAUCAGUACCCUUGGAUCAGACGGACACAAGUGUCAAAGGAUCAUCCUUCAGGUCAGGUUUACAAAUCCAGUGUAUUUAACUGUCGGCUGACUACAUCCACACCUACACUGAGCCCUCAGAGACCUGGAUCAGCUCACAGUGAAUCUGUGGGAUCUGUAGAGCCAAGAGCCCCUUUGGCAUCAUCCAUGGGGUCCUCAACCUUUCCCUCAUCUGCAGUGCUAACAACACAGGUGCCCAACCAGCCCCAGGCCAGCCAGCCUCAACCUGACCCAAAUGGACUAAUUAUUUGCGAUGACCAGAAGCAGGAGAUCUGUUCUAAAGAAAGUGGUACUAAUGCAGAGGAUGAAAUAAAAGAUGGGAUGGACACUACACCUGUCAGAGACAUCAGUGAGAAAUUAACAGUUCUCAAUCACAACGCCAAACCCAGCAGUCCAGAGAAAACCACACAGAAAGUGAUGACCGUUAAAUAUCUGCUGGGAGAGCUGAAGACUUUAGUUGCUAAUCAGGACAGUGAUGCUGUGCGGCUGAUCUCUGAGGUGGAGCAGAGCAUCUCACUGCUUCCUGUCAUGGUGGGCAGCACCAACAUCCAGGCUGAGAUCGCACUCGCCCUACAGCCACUCAGGAGUGAGAAUGUACAGCUGCGAAGACGUUUGCGUAUUCUCAAUCAGCAGUUAUUAGAGAGAGAGAGAGCAGAACGGCGGAACAGGCCGGAGGCCUUCGACAUGGAGGCGGUUGCGUUGCAGUCUCUGAACCUCACUCUACAAACUCAGUUAAAUGAGAGCCGUAGAGAGCUCGAUGUUCUGCAACAGGACAACAUGAGAUUACAGAAAGACAUGGAGGACAAAGACGGUGACCUGAAGCAGCACAAAGACUUGUGUGAGUUAGAGAACAGACGACUAAGACUGGAGGUGAGUGAGGCAUUAGCUGAAAUGCAGAGUUGGCAGAGUAAACUUGGAAAGUAUGAGAUUGAGAAGACUGAACUGACUUUAAGCCUUCGGCAGAGGGAGGCAGAGAUCAGCAGACUGCAGGAAGUCAUCAGAAAUUUGCAGAUAAGUCAAACAAAACACACCAGCAAAUAUUCUCAUCAGUUGGACUUAUGCCAACCAAACUCUCACCUUAGCAAGAGUGUUCUGGAAUUGUAUGAAAAUGCACAUAGGGAGACCGCUGUGUCAGAUAAACUUUCAAACUCUGUGAAGACCUACCUUCAGACCCUGGAGGGCACCAGACAGGCCUCUCCUCCCCACCAAGUUUACUGCAGGUCCCAGACAUUACAACCAACCUCUCCUGGUCGGACUGAUGGUGGAAAAGAGAACUUUAUGCCAGUCUGCUCUCCAUAUAUACGCAAACCUACCCUGGAAACCAUAGCUGAUAAUGAGUCUCAGUUAGAAGAGCAGAAGCGAACAACAUUUACCCCUUUAAGAGAGACUCCAGUGGUGCAGCUUGCCUCAGGAGUUGCUCACAGUAGUCCACUCACUCAGUGUAAUGAGCUGAUAACAUCCAAGAAUCAAAGGGAAGAUGUGGAUGCUCAUAUAGGCCUAAAAUAUAUGGGCCGUGAUUUUGAAAAGCUGGACAUCGCAGAUGGGCUUCACAUUCAGGAUGUGAAGAAUGAUGGCCGAGAUUACGUUUCAGAUCAUCAUGGCAUGGCUUUACGUUUAAAUCAGAGAAAUAAGGGCCUGGACAAUCGGCUAGUGCAAUCCCAACAUGCCCGUCGAUGCCUAAGGAUGGGUGUUCAGUCAGCAUCCACCGGACACCCUUCGGUGACAGAAAACACCUUUUCCUCGUGUGAUAUUAAAUCUUUAGCUUCUGAUUGGAGCAUUAACUCCUGGACCACGUUUAACACACAGGAUGAGGAGAAUUUCAGGGACGGUCUUGCAGCAUUAGAUGCCAGCAUAGAAAGUCUACAGAAGACCCUGAGAGUUGAUCUAAAGAUAUAAUUGAUUAUAUGUAAUCAGUGGAUGUUUUUAAAUGUCUCUUUAUUUUUUUAUUAAAUUAUUAUAUGUAAUAUCAAUAGAUAUCAUUCUCAUUUCUCAGUGAAUUAUUAUUAUUUAUUUAUUUUAUAUAUUUUUUUGCUCUGGUCCCAAGUUCGCUAGGAUUCAGUCUUGAAUAAUAGAGAAUCAUCAGAAAUGUUCCAAAUUAAA